AGUUUGCGUUCAAACACUCACUUGACAAGAGCUCUUCAUCGCAAGCAAGUAAUUUGUGAGAUUAUAAAUCUUAAAUUUAAAUUCUUGAGAAUACUCGCUGCGUUUAAUCAAAUAACAGAAAUUUUGUGACUUAAACACAAUUUUUUUUCUAUAUCGCAAAUUGAAGUAAAUUUUUCAAGUGCAAAAAGAGAAACUUUAUCGUCAAGUGAUUUUUCACAAUAAAUAAGAAGCAAUCAAGCGUUAUAUAAAAACCGGAAUUUUACAUUUUUUUGGACGAAGUUAAAAAGUAAAAUCAAAAUGUCUGCAUCGCCAAUCGCUCGUACACUUCAUCAAUCGAUUCCAUCGAAGAAGGUGUUGAUAAAUGAUCCAAAUCAAUUGCCUGAUGUUUAUUCAUCAACUCCAGGAGGUACCAUUUUCAGCACCACACCAGGAGGUACUCGUAUCAUUUACGAACGUGCUUUUUUGAUGAAUCUCAAAAAUUCGCCAUUGAGCCGUACACCACCAUCGAAUCUGCCAAGUACAUUGAUCAAAGGCUGCAAAAAUGUGCCGAUGUCAAAGAUUAACAACAACAACAAUAACAGACAUUCGAAUUCAAUCAGCCGAAGCCCACCAUCACAUAAGACAUGCGAUGAACAACAAUUCGACAUGGACCUUUAAACAUAUCGCUUUGUUGCUGCAUAAAAAACCAUACAAAAAAUUUCAUCUGAAAUAUAUUCAUUUGCGGAAACUAAACAAUCUAGAUUUUAGCAAACAAGUAUAUCCAUACAAAAACAUUGUUUUACCGUUGCAUCUCUCGUUCGUUCGAAACAAUGCGGUAAUAAGUUUAAGGCGCAUUUAUAAAAAAAGAAUUACAAAAAAAAUGUAUGUUAAGACCGUUGUGAUUUUCAAAGCAAUUACGGUUUAAUGAGAAAAAAACGCCAUUUAAUUGUACGUAUUCAUUCAGAAAUAUUCAUCAGAAUGCAAAGAGCAAAAAGAAAAUUUGUUUUGAGUUUCUUACGAAAUUCCUUUGAUAUUUAUCAAAACAUUCUCAAACUAUUGAAAAAAAAUCUACCAUUUGGAAAAUCAUUUAGAAUUAAAUUUUAUUUUUUAAGUUUUGUUUAAAUAGAAGAAACAAAAAUUUCUAUUUGAAGUACCAAAAAUGAGAAAAUGUGAAAAAAACGCUCGCUUAUUGGUAUCUUACAUCUUACUAUAUUUUUGCGUUUUUUUGUGUUUUGUUUUUUGUUCUAAGAACAAAUCUGUUAAAUAAAUCGAAAACAACUUGAGAGAAAAGACA